GGGCCCCUGUGCGCAGGCGCCCUGAGGAUCCCGGGCUGCCCAUCUCACGCCAGGGGGCGGAAUUUCCUGCAGCCUCUCUGCCUCCGCAUCCUCGUGGGCCCUGACUUUCUCUCUGAGAGCCGCGCAGAGGCUCCGGAGCCAUGCAGGCCGCAGGCCAGGGCACAGGGGGUUCGACGGGCGAUGCUGAUGGCCCAGGAGGCCCUGGCGUUCCUGGUGGCCCAGGGAGCGAUGCUGGCGGCCCAGGAGAGGCGGGUGCUGCGGGCAGCGGUGGUCCCCAGGGCGUCGGGGCGUCAAGGGCCUCAGGGCCGAGAGGAGGCGCCCCGCGGGGCCCGCAUGGCGGUGCCACUACUGCGCAGGAUGGAAGGUGCCCCUGCGGGGCCAGGAGGCCGGACAGCCGCCUGCUUCAGUUCCACAUCACGAUGCCUUUCUCGUCGCCCAUGGAAGCGGAGCUGGUCCGCAGGAUCCUGUCCCGGGAUGCCGCACCGCUCCCCCGACCAGGGGCGGUUCUGAAGGACUUCACCGUGUCCGGCAACCUACUGUUUAUGUCAGUUCGGGACCAGGACACGGAAGGCGCUGGGCGGAUGAGGGUGGUGGGUUGGGGGCUGGGAUCCGCCUCCCCGGAGGGGCAGAAAGCUAGAGAUCUCAGAACACCCAAACACAAGGUCUCAGAACAGAGACCUGGUACACCAGGCCCGCCGCCACCCGAGGGAGCCCAGGGAGAUGGGUGCAGAGGUGUCGCCUUUAACGUGAUGUUCUCUGCCCCUCACAUUUAGCCGACUGACUGCUGCAGACCACCGCCAACUCCAGCUCUCCAUCAGCUCCUGUCUCCAGCAGCUUUCCCUGUUGAUGUGGAUCAUGCAGUGCUUUCUGCCCGUGUUUUUGGCUCAGCCUCCCUCAGGGCAGAGGCGCUAAGCCCAGC